AUGGCAACAACGGCAUAUAUGAACGAGACUGUGAACAUCACCUUACCCGAAGCUCCAACGUUCACUACCGCUAGUCUCACAAAAACGAUCGUUUUCGGAGUUAUGUUUGUGGUCUCUUUCAUUGGAAACUUGGCAACUUUGGUACAGAUGAAACGUCUUCGAAACUGGAAGAGCACAUUCAAAACUCUUAUAAUCAACCUGGCCAUAGCGGAUUUGUUGGUUGCUUUCUUCUGCAUCGCCGCGGAUGCCGCCUGGGCUGCUACUGUGCAGUGGUUGGCCGGAGAUCUUAUGUGUAAAUUCGUCAAGUACAUGCAGGUAUUUCCCCUUUAUCUGUCAACAUACAUCACCGUUGCAAUCAGCUUAGACCGAUGUGUUGCCAUUUUGGACCCUAUGCGCAGAAAUAGCGCCGCCCACAGAGUGCGCGUGAUGAUCUGCUUUGCAUGGAUAUUCAGCGCUCUGUUUAGUAUCCCACAG